UCGAGUGGCAGCUCCGUGGUCAAUGUGCCAGUUGGUCGCGCGAGAGACUUGGGAGCGGUGACAGCAGCUCGACAGAGACGGGCCUCGGAUGUGACCGACAUCGGGAACACAGCGCCGGGGGGAUGAGCGGCUGGCUCGGCUGCUGCGAGUGUCUGCAGCGGCGCGCCAUGGCUCCGGCGCGGCGGCACGGCGCCGCCCUGCCGGCCGCGCCGCCGCCGCACCAGCACGGACAUCACAACGCCGCCUUUCUGGGGGACGAGGAGGUGACCACGCCGCCGCCGCCGCCGCCGGACCAGCAGCCUCAACAGCAGCCUCAGGAGCCCGGCGGAGUCACGGCGGAGUCGGCGAGCGAACCACCCUCACCGUCACCGACCGCAGAGCGGUACCGCGUCGUCCCGCAACUGGUUCGGCCCCAGUUCCGGGAGAUCUGCGACCUGCGGGACCAGCGGCCCGGCCUGGUCCGGCGCUCCACCAAACAGACCCGCCCCGGCCGCUCGCCGAACGGCUCACGGUCUCCUCACGGCCCGGCCGCCUGGCUCGGUUUCGGCUCGUCCGAGGAUCGUCCGCCGGCGGCUGCCAGUUCGGGGCCGUUUCUACCGAAUCACCGUGAUAUAGACACAGAGUGGCCCACUGAGGAGCUCGUGGUGCUGGACCCGCAGCGGCGCGUCAGCCUCCUGGAUAACAUCCCCGAGACGAGUGAGACCAACGUGACUGGCGAGGGAGCAACGACUGAGGGCGAGAAGCGGCCCGACGGCGGUCCGGGGGGCGCGUGUGAGCGCUCCAAGUCUGUGCCGCCGGGUCACUCGGUGAAAUGGGAGGACGAUGUCGUCCCGGCGGGAUCUCCCGGCGCCGACCGGACCGAGAGCCCCUCGGCGAGUCCUCAGAGACCAGCUCGGACCCGCGCCGCUUCUCUGGGCACGCCGCGCCGGCUGACGUUCGCCAGGUUCCGGCGGCGCUCCUCCCAGCGGCGACAGUCGUCGGACAGCGGCGGCGCGUCGACUGGCCGAGAGCAGAGCCGGGAGCGCAGCUGGCUGCGGCGGCUGUCCCGGGGCAGACCGAGCACCGCUCUGCGGGCCGAUCAGCCGCCCGAACAGCCCUCAGAGUCGGCGGCACAGACGGCAUCUGCCAACCGCAGUCAGGCCGCCCGACACUGGGACCUGGUGAGGACCAACUUCGACCUGGACGCGCCGCUCACAGAGCACUGGGGGUUCCUGGAGUCGGUGGUGACCGAGUUUGAGAAGGUGGACGCCAAGACGUACACGGAACACCUGCACGAGCAGUCACCGCUCAGCAGCUCGUCCAGUGAGGAGGAGGUGCCGGACGCGCUGGAGGCACAGCUCCUGCUGAAGCUCGCCCAGGCCGAGAAGAUUCGGCCCAGGAAGGUGUCCGUGUCCCGGCGGUGCGUUCAGAACGAGCGGAGAAGACGCAGAUCGGAGCAGAUGGCCUCGUCCGGAGAAGAACCAGCCAGCGGGGCCGAGCAUGGCGAAGAGUGUCAGAAGGAGGGUAAUAAGGACCAAGAGCGUGCUGUGGUAUCUGAGGACUUUCCUGUUCCGCCAAAGGCAGAAACUGAGGAGAAAGUGUCUGUUCCACCAGUAACGGAGGCAUCAGAAGACCCAGUGAAGCCCUGUUCCGAAAGGGCAGCGAAACCCAGUGCAGAGGAGCCCCGUGUGCCCCCGCUUAUCUCUGAGGUCGACCCCAGCGCCGAUAGACAGUCAUCUCCGACCCAGCGGGCCUCCAGCUGCCCUCCGCCUCGCGUGGAGCCGCCCGCGCCGCCCGCCGCCGACCGCCGGCGGCGCGGCUCCCUGCUCAGCCGCCUGCUGGGUCUGCCGACCGGUCAGUCGCGGCGUCCCUCGCUACCGGCACCCGUCAAACCACCGCCCGCCGCCGCUCCUCCUCCGUCUGAGGAGGACCAUGAGGUUCACCAUCCGACCUGGUUUGAGCGCACCGCCGGCCCGGAGGCAGCUGCCGGCCCGACGGCCGACCGGCGAGCGCUCAGUCGCCGCCGAGCCACCGUGGCUGAGGUAUCUCUCAAAGAGUUCCUACACGAGGUGGAUGAGCGCGCCCAGCACCUCCGAGACGAGGAGUUCUGCGGCGCCGACCCGUACGAGGUGUUAGCACCCGAACAGAAAGCCGCGGAUGAUGACCACGUAGUGCCGCUGCUGAAUACCUCCCGCUGCGUGAAGUUGAUGCUGGAGGACGCGGAGAGGAGGCUGGAGAGGGAGUACGGUACCGGCGGGUCGAGGUCGCCCUCUCCCAGACCGUCCCAGUGCCCGACGCCGCGCCGCUGUGCCGGGGAGGGGAGCGGAGGGACGCGGGAGGGACAGCAGGCCGGCACUAGCAGUAGUCCACCAGACAGGACCGGGUCGACGGCAGCGGGCACAUCAGCGGUGGGAGGAGGAGCUGGGUCUCCAGACAGGCAGCCGAGCACAUCCAGAGCAGGAUCACCGGAUAAACAGAUAGCCAGCACUUCGGGAGCAGGGUGCCCGGAUAAAUCGCCAACUACCUCGCGUUCAACAUCGCCGGAUAAACAGGUUGGAGCCGCGAUCAGCUCCCUAGAAAACGAAGACAGCGAGGCGCACUGUGCUAACGAGGCAGAGGAGACGACUGAUGGCGCCGGUCCGUUAGAAGAGCGAGCCACCGUCAGCCCGGAGGGCGGACCAGCGGAGUGUCCCAGUCUCAGUCCGAGGAGCACCCCUCCACCGGAGGACCGGCGCGGCCGCCGUGACACGACCUCCGAGGUCACUGGGAGUCAGCGCCGGGCGCAGUCCGUCCCACCGCCCGGGACCAAACUGGGGAGGCUGCCCGCCUACCUCACCAACAUCCAGCACGAGAUGGCGACGGUGGCUGAGACGCUCAGAGCCAAACUGCAGGCAACUCUGAGCUCAUCGCACGACUCAGAACCGUCCACAUCCAGGGAAAGAUCUCCACCGAAAUCAGCCAGAAUACGGAGAACCUCCCGGAGUUCGUCCAUGAGUUCGGACGCGGCGCGGCCUGCUGCAGAGCUGGACCGGCUGGCUGCCAGACCUGUCCCCUCAGCGACCCCCACACCGCGAAACGCGAUAGCUCAGCCGACUGAGGAGCCGUCACCGGUUGACUCUGCGCCCGAGUCCUCCCCCGAGCUGACCCCCACCAGCACCGUGGCCCUGCCGCCCACCCCAGCCCCGAAUAUGGCCCUGGUGGGGUACCAGCAGAUGGCGCUGGCCCUGGCUCGCCACUCGACCGUCGGCUACCGAGACCUGGCGAUAGCCCUGGCGCGGCGGGAGCCCUCCCCGAGUCAGUGUCAGGGUGUGCAGACGUCUCCCCGGUCCGCCUCCCCGGCAGACUGUCGACCCGGGCCGUCCGCCGGACAGUCACGGUCAGCGCAGACUUCUCCCGGGGUCAGCACACCGGCAGAGACGGCCCUCGGCUGUGGACAGUGUCCGGAGUGUACAGGGAGAGUGCCGACUGGUCAACAAAGUGGCACUCCGGGUGGAACUUCGGCUACCCAGUGUGCUCCUACCUGUCCAAGGAAGGGCUCCUGCACCCAAGGUGCACCCUCUAAGGCCAAUGGUGUACCCAUAACCAAUGGAACACCUUCGAUCACCAACGGAGCUCCUCCAGCCUCUCAAUGCGCUCCCGAGUGCCAGCAGAGCGCCUCCUGCUCCCAGGGUACACCCUGCUCCGGGUGCGCCGUCUGUCCCCACUCCAGCCCCGCACCGGCCUCUGAUCCAGCCCCGGAGAGCCCGCCCCGCGCCUCCCCGCCCUCCGGCGGUGCUGUGUGGACGGUCGCCGUCUGGGAGCCGCCCGUUCUAGCCGCCCCGCCGGCCCGCCUGCUCGCCUACGGUCAGCCGAGCUGGGUGGCGCGCCAGCAGAGCUCCGGGGAGGCUGCCGAGCUGCGCCGCCGGCUGGACAGCGGUCAGCGGGCUGCCGGCAGGAGGCGGGACUCACUGCUGAGGAGACGGGCCGAGAGAGCCGCGCAGAUGGCCGGGCAGAGCGGUCGGCACGGCGGAGAUCACGAGAGGGCGGACGCGCCGCGCCGACCCUUCUGGAGGUGAUCGACACAGACGGUACGAGCUGGAGCGCCGCUGCCGCUUCUGGGGGCAGAGAGAGGUGCGGUCAGCGGUGGGAAAUGACGAGCGAACCGAAGCACGCCCGUGAUUUGUUUGAUGUACUGGGUGGGACAGUGAUGCCCACCAAAUCUCAGCUGUUUUUAUAUCUUGUCUAUCCGUCAAAAUGGUCUGUGUAGUCUAGAGUUGGUUUGGAUAUCUGGAACCGCGCGAUGUCUUCUUUUUUGUUGUUGAAAUAUCACAGUUAUCGACGAA